UUGAGGGGGUAAAAUAAUUUUUGUGCAUGUUUUCUUUACAGCUCUGGUGCCUCCUGACCAUCUUCCUGUCUCUCAGGCUGUGUGAAGAUGUAGAUAUUUGUGAAAUAAGCUGUUGGAUGACUGUGUUGCCAAAGCAAUGGCCUCUCAAGAAUUUACUGUGUUAUACACUCACCAAAAGAUGAAAAAAUCAAAAACAUGGCAAGAUGGAAUUCUUCGAGUUAGAACUGGCAGAAAUCAGGCUACCUUGUUUGAUGAUAAAGGACAAUGUCUGGAGAGUAUUUUUAUAAAAUCUCAGGUGGCUGCUGGAGAUGAUUUAGAAACUGAACGAUAUUUAAUCACAAUUGAAGCAGUCAAAGUGAGUGAAAAGCCCUCUGAAGAUCAGCCCAAGAAAGCAGAAGCUCCAGCAGUGAAUAGAAAUUGUGUAAAACCUGGUCUGCUGCCCCCAAGACAUCUCCCUGUGGGCUUGAAAAGGAAGUUUACGGGGUUCCAGGUGCCACGCCAAGUUGAAAAGAAAAUACCAGCCAUGGAAGAUGARGAAAAAACACCACUGUUGCCUUCAUCUAAGCAGUGCCAAGGGAGUUUUCCAUCCCAGUUUUAUAUCAGCUCUCCUUUAUUUUCUACCAUUCGCAAGAAAGAUGCAGAAACAAAUCCCUGUGCUGGCUUUCAGGAGGAGGGAUGCAGGGACAAUGACAGAGGACACGUGUCUGUGUCCUCACUGCUCUCAGCUCCAUUUCCUGACAGAUGUGAGGAGACAGAGAAGCAAAACCCUGAUCAGUUUGUUGUGAAGCCAGAAUCCCCUGUCAUUACUGGGCACCCCGGACCCGGGGCAGUGUCCCACCACAUCCGGAGCACUGCACAGAUAAUUGCUCUUCUGAAGUCUAAGCCAGCACAAGGACACAGACAGCAAAGCCCUGGGGUCACAGGUUGUCUUUCCAGGUUUCAGGCAGCAGAAAACACACAUUUAUUUGACAAAAAAACUCCUGACCUACCCUUGCCUGCUUUUUUAGGCAACCCUGCCCAAGGACUUGUUUCAGAUACUCUGCACCUGCAUUGUAUACAGGGAACUGUAAAUGAUAAAAAGGACUGGAAUGCUGAAACACUUCCAAAUUCAGCUGAACGACCUUGUGGUGAAGAAGUCACAGGACAGAGACAAGAUGAAAAGCCCAACUGUGUGGACAAUUUAUUCCAGAAGACAGAGGCAUAUAUUGUACCAAUAGCAGCAGCCCAAAGAGACCCUGGGAGAACUGACUGGCAACCAAAGAUACCAUCAGAACUGAUUUCCCCACUUGAUCCAGACUCAACAAUUGCUCCAGCUUCAGGAAAUGAGGAGACUAUUGAAGACAUCCGGGAGCCCCUGAUGCAUGGGAUCUUCCCCCAUGAACCAGAACUUCCAGAUCUUCUUUUCACCCGGGAGAAAUCCAGCUAUCCAGAGGAAUGCAGCCUCCCAGGAAUCAGGCCCAUGAUAAAACCACGAACUCCUUUUGUCACUCUGCCUGCCACUGAGGAGAUUCCUGAUGUGUUUUACCCCACUGAGAGYGAGGAGGUCCAGCAACCUUUGGGCUCUUCAGGAGGCAAUUUGUGCAUGGAGUCAGUGGCAUUUCCUAGGAGUGCUCCUGGCCCCGAGGACAGGAAUUAUGAAACCUCUGUGUUUGGGGAGUACACGGAAGACARACAAAGGGAAUCUGUACCAGCAGUGCUCCCUAAAGUGACUUCCCAUCCCAGACAAAGCAAGUGGCUGAAGUACCAAAACAGUGCUCAGUGUGAUUUGAUCCCUGCAAACAGCGCUGACKGGGAAGAGAAUGAUGACAUCUGUGCCCAGAGCAUCCUCAGAAUGCCGCCAGGUGACACAGGAGAGGGCAGAGCCAUGAAUCCAAGUGCUCCCAGUUCUGCACUGCUGCUGCCAGCCAGGAGCUCGCCUGGGGAAUGCUGUGCAAACACCAGCCCCCCAGAUCUGAUUUCAGAGGGGAAGGUACUUUCCCUGCACUUAAGSCAGACACCUUUGGCUGCUGCCACACAAAAGGUGUUGAGUCACCUGAGCUGCCACACCGGAACAGGAGACGGCCAGGACAUAACAAUUUCUGAGUUGUCUUUUCCUCCUGUGGAUAAAGUGAAACAGGCCAAUCUUCCUAAAAGAAAGAUUUCCAUCCCACCUGUGUUCCAGUCUCACACUCACUACAAACAGGUUUUUAAAGCUGCUCUGACAGAGCAAUUGAACAUAAUGCUGUUUGAGUUGGCACAGAGACUGCACCAUGCCCUCUCCAAAGUGGAUAUAUCAUUUUACACUUCAGUGAAAGAUGGCCAAAGCCAGAGCCAAGGAAGCUGUGCUCCAGUCUGCAACCACGGGCACCCUGCUAAGCUGGUGAUGGUUAAAAAAGAAGGUCAAAACAAGGGUCGUUUGUUCUAUGCCUGUGAUGCCCCAAAAGCUGAGCAGUGUUCCUUUUUCAAGUGGAUUGAAGAUGUGAACCCCACACAGACAAAAUCCAGACCGAGYGCAGUGCUCCAUGAUACAAAAAGUAUUGGGACAUACCUCAGGAGUCAAAAGAUUGCUGUCUAUGAGGAAUGCCAGCUUUUGGUGAGGAAAGCCUUUGAAAUUCCAGCACAGCGGUACAGUAAGUUCAAGAAAUUUAUGAAUACCCCUGCCAGCUUUGAUGGUGACUCCAAAGCCAAAUUAUACCUGAAACUAAGCAGAAAGGAGCAUUCUUCUCUCUACAGCAAAGAUGACAUCUGGGUUGUUUCAAAGACUCUGAACUUUGAUCCCAUCGAUACUUUCAUUGCAAGCAGUGCUUUCUUUGGCCCAUCCUCCAACAAUGAAAUAGAAUUGGUACCACUGAAAGGCUACAGUCCCUCAAACUGGAGAUCAAACAUGUGUGUUCAUGCCUUGCUGGUUUGUAAUGCCAGUGGUGAGCURGCAUCCUUAAGAAACAUGGAGGAGCACUUUAAUCCAUCCACAUUACCACUGAUCCCAUAUCUCCUGAAAAUGGAUUUUAAUUCUGAAAAUGCUACUAAAAGAGUCAACAGAAGGAAAUUUACUCCACCUGCCAUGAGCCUGAAACGCUCAACGAUGGCUGGCCCUGUGAGCCCUGAAGUGGCRAUGGGAGUGGCUGAAGAGAUGAUCCAAAGGUUCUCCCUGAAUCCAGACCAAGCAACAUCACUGCUUCACAUAGCUCGGAUGAUGACCUCCUGUGAAAACACCAAAGCAGGGGAAGAACAUCAGAGCCUCCCCAUCACAAUCAUACGAGGUGUUUUUGGAGCUGGCAAGAGCUACCUGCUGUCUGUGGUGAUCCUGUUCCUCGUGCAGCUCUUUGAAAGCAGUGAAGCUACAGAAGGUCCAAGGGCAACUCCAUGGAAACUUCUCAUUGCUUCUUCCACCAACGUUGCUGUGGACAGGAUACUGCUGGGUCUGCUCGAUCUUGGAUUUGAGGAUUUUAUAAGAGUGGGAAGCAUAAGGAAAAUCACAAAAGCAAUUCUUCCCCAUAGUUUACAUGCAGGCUCAGGAAAUGAAAAUGAGCAGUUGAAAGAGCUGCUUGCACUCAUGAAAGAAGAUUUGACUCCAGCUGAAAAAGUAUAUGUCAGGAAGAGCAUUGAGCAGCAUAAACUGGGGACCAAUAAAACUAUUCUGCAACAGGUGAAAGUGGUUGGAGUGACCUGUGCUGCCUGCCCGUUCCCUUGUCUGAACGCUCUCAGGUUUCCUGUGGUGAUGCUGGAUGAGUGCAGCCAGAUGACUGAACCUGCUUCUCUCCUUCCCAUUGCCAGGUUUCAAUGUGAAAAGCUUGUCCUUGUCGGAGAUCCCAAGCAGCUGCCACCAACUAUUCAAGGGUCUGAGAGUGUUCAUGRGCAGGGACUGGAGCAGACUCUCUUUGACCGGCUCUGCCUGAUGGGCCAUAACCCAAUACUCCUUCGGACACAGUACCGCUGUCACCCUGCCCUCAGUGCCAUCGCCAACGAGCUGUUCUACGAAGGGAACCUCAUCGAUGGGAUUGCUGAGGAGGACAGGACUCCUUUAUUGGACUGGCUUCCAACACUGUGCUUUUAUAGUGUUCAUGGCAUGGAGCAAAUUGAAAGAGACAACAGCUUUUAUAACAUGGCAGAAGCUCAUUUUACAGUCAAGCUCAUCCAGUCUCUGAUUGCAAGUGGAAUAGAAGGAGCUGCUAUUGGUGUGAUUACCCUGUAUAAAUCUCAGAUGUAUAAGAUCCAGAAUUUGCUCAGUGGGGUUCACUCUGAGGCUUUUGAAGUCAAACCUGUCCAGGUGUCCACGGUGGACGCGUUCCAAGGUGCCGAGAGGGAAAUCAUCGUCCUCUCGUGUGUCAGGACAAGGCAGUUUGGGUUCAUAGACUCUGAGAAGAGGAUGAACGUGGCACUAACAAGGGCAAAGAGGCACCUGCUGAUUGUGGGAAGUCUGUCCUGUCUGAGCAGGAACAGGCUGUGGGGAAGAGUCAUUCACCACUGCAAAGGAUGGGAAAAUGGAUUACAACAGGCAAGCCAGUGCGAGCAGCAGCUAAAUGACAUUCUCAGGUCCUACUUGGAGAAUUGGGAAGAAGAAGAAGAACAGAGUAAGAAAAAAUAAAAUGCUUGCCCUGUUUAUGAACAAUAUAUUAAUUUAUUGUCUAUAAAAUUUACCAGAGCUAUUGCUCAUCUAGUAUUUAUUUAACAUGGGACAUUYUUGUUUGCGCCUCAGUGCACUGAUACUUCUG